AUGACCAGUGACAAGGCGCCUGUAGGAAUUUCCAACCUGCCUAACCAGCGGUACAAGAUAGUGUCCGAGAAUGGAGGCGUUUUCACGCUAAUGGUGUGCGGUGAAUCAGGAGUUGGUAAGACGACAUUCGUAAACACGCUGUUUCAAACGACGUUGAAACACGCAGAUUCGCAACAAAGACGCCACCUAGGGAUCAAGCGGACGGUGGAGAUCGACGUUCUGCGUGCUCAACUUGAAGAGAAGAACUUUUCGCUGCGUGUGAACGUGAUCGAUACACCUGGGUUCGGUGACAACGUGAACAACAACAAAUCGUGGCAGACUAUUGUAGAUUUCAUUGAUGACCAACACGACUCGUACAUGCGUCAGGAGCAACAACCGUACCGUGAUGUGAAAUUUGAUCUAAGGGUUCACGCCGUUUUGUAUUUCAUUCGUCCCACAGGUCACGGGCUCAAACCUCUCGAUAUUGAAACCAUGAAACGAAUUUCGACGCGUGCGAACUUGAUCCCUGUAAUUGCCAAGUCCGACACUUUGACGCAGAAGGAACUUCACGAUUUUAAAAUCCGCAUCCGCCAAGUCAUUGAGGCACAAGAAAUCCGCAUUUUCACGCCGCCCUUGGACGAUUCCGACGCGUCAGACCCAGCGGUCAAGGAACACGCACGUCAGCUGAUUGAGGCCAUGCCAUUUGCCAUUAUUGGAUCGGAGAAAAAAUUUGACAACGGACAAGGCCAAUUGGUGGCUGCGAGAAAAUAUCCAUGGGGUAUUGUCGAAGUCGAAAACGACGCGCACUGCGAUUUCCGUAAGCUCAGAAGCUUGCUUUUGAGAACCAAUUUGUUGGACUUAAUUUUGUCUACACAAGAAUCUCACUUUGAAACUUAUCGCAGACUGCGUUUGGACGGAUCUGGGUCUCCAGAAGACCCUUCGCUACCUGCCAGAGCGCCUGCUAGAAAACUGUCACAUAACCCAAGGUUCAAGGAGGAAGAAAACGCUUUGAAGAAGUACUUUACGGACCAAGUGAAGGCGGAGGAACAGAGAUUCAGACAAUGGGAACAGAAUAUCGUCAACGAGCGCACAAGGUUGAACGGGGACCUCGAGGAGGUGCAGGCCAAGGUAAAACGGCUCGAAGAGGAAGUGAGGGCGCUUCAGGCCAGAAAGCGCUGA